GUUUUUUCUUAUCACUGUUUCAGCCCCAAGAUGAAAUAGAAGUUGAAGAUGGGUUUAAACAGUAUGAUGUGAUUAGUGCAUUGGACAUGGAAGCUAUGAUGAGUACCAUAAACGCUUGGAUAAAAAACCCAGUCAAGUUUGAACGUUCUCAUGGGAUCAACAACACACUGGAUGCCCAGAUCAUACAGGAUAAGGAGGGAGGAGAUGAAACAAUCCACAUUCUUAUUGUUGAAGGCUUCCUACUUUACACCUACAGGCCACUGAUUGAUGUAUUCCACCAUCGAUACUUUCUUUCCAUUCCAUAUGAAGAGUGCAAAAGGAGAAGAAGUUCAAGGAAUUACACUGUACCAGAUCCACCUGGAUUGUUUGAUGGCCACGUUUGGCCUAUGUAUGUAAAGCACAGGAAGAUAAUGGAAGAUCUUGGAGUUGACGUGGUGCACUUGAAUGGGACAAAAUCCAAGGAGGAGCUGUUUAAUGAUGUGUACGGACAGAUCCAGAAUAAGAUCGAAGAAUUACUUAAGAUGGAGAAAUGAGCUACUGAUAAUCAUUCUUUUGCGUGAAGAUGACUCCUGUUUGCUCUGCGCUGCCUGCC